UACAUAUUACUGCAUCAAAUCAAUCCCCAUCAACCAUCAAGCAACCACAUGUUCUUCUCAAUCUAUUCUUCUCUCUUGCAAUCAGACAAUUAAAUUAACACAUUGUUUGGUUCACAUCGAUUCAGCAUAAUUAGCAUGAAUAAAGCCACAGCUACCAUUCAAUCUCUCCAUUCCAGUCAUGUUAGAUAAUCAAGUUCCGAUGUUGGCAAACGAUGGUUAUCACCAACCACUUCACAGGCUUAAUCGAUCUCAAUGGUGGAUUUUCGUGGUAUUGAACAUCGUAUUUGUUAUUGUUGGUCAAGCUGCUGCUGUGCUGUUGGGAAGGUUUUACUAUGAUCAGGGCGGAAACAGUGAGUGGAUGGCCUCUCUUGUCCAAACCGCGGCUUUCCCUAUCCUUUUCAUCCCGUACCUUUUCCUCGACUCCCCUGAUAAGUCGUCUACUAGUUUAUCAGCGCCACCACCUCCUACGCGCCUGAUAGCCUUAAUCUACAUCGUUGGUGGCGCCAUUAUUGCUGGAGACAACAUGUUGUAUUCCAUUGGACUGCUCUACCUCUCUGCUUCCACUUACUCUCUCAUCUGCGCCACGCAAUUAGCAUUCAAUGCACUUUUCGCCUUCUUCAUCAAUCAGCAGAAGUUCACUGCUCGGAUACUAAUUUCAGUCACACUUCUUUCAUUAUCUGCUUUAUUGCUUGCUACCAAUGAUGGCUCGGAUGGACCUUUGAGGGCCUCCCGGGGAGAGUAUAUCCUUGGAGUCCUCACAACGCUUGCAGCUUCAGCGCUGUACUCCCUCAUCUUGUCCCUCAUGCAGCUGACGUUUGAGAAGGUUCAGAAGAGGGAAACUUUCUCGGUCGUGCUUGAUAUGCAGGUUUACACGUCGGUCAUGGCAACUUGUGUCACCGUUGUGGGCCUCUUCGCCAGUGGAGAAUGGGGGACUAUAAGGGGAGAAAUGGAACGUUUUGGCAGCGGAGAGGCUUCUUACAUCAUGACACUGGUGUGGACAGCCGUGGCUUGGCAAAUCUCUUCUGUUGGUGUGGUGGGACUGAUAUUUGUGGUGUCAUCUCUCUUCUCGAAUGCCAUCAGCACCCUCUCUACAGCAGUCACGCCGAUUGCUUCUCUGGUUGUCUUCCACGACAAGAUGAACGGGCCAAAGAUAGUCGCGAUGUUGCUGUCAUUUUUGGGGUUUGCUCUUUACAUUCGUCAGAACUAUGUGGAUGAUCUUGAGGCGAGGAAGAAACAACAAAGUGAAGAAGAGUGUGAUGAAUUUGUGCAGUAAUUGAAGUUAGCAUAUUGGUUUAUUUUUAGUCUAUGGUGAAUUUUUCCAAACUCAAUUAUGCAAUUGUGAAAUAGCUAGUGUGCAGUGUUGUGCUAAUAAGCCUUAGUUUCAAUUUUUAUUUAUUUAACUUGACAAAAAUAAAUAAUUUCGAUUAGAGAUGUACCUAUUUUGAUUUAUGAAAUCUUGAUUUCCCAGAAGCUAAA